AGACAGAAGCAACUGACUGAUAAAGUUGAAUAAAUUAAACUUUUAAAGAAGAAACACAACUACUGGACACACUUAAGAAGAGGAAAGGACAAGCUUUGGUAGUCCUAAAACUUUUUUUUUCUUUUCUCUAAACAAGCAAACCGGAACAAAGGACUCGCCGAUUCAAAUACUGCUUUGAGGAGAAACGCGUUUUUCACAACAACCUACACUUCCUGCGUAGCGAGCUUUAUGUAUUUGGAUUUAACGUUUCUAUCCCGCCGCCCUACUAUGGUCAUUAUGGAGGUCCCCACCAUCGACUGUGCGUCCCUGCGUGGUUUGUUGGAGGGCGCCUGCCCGGGCUGCCUGGUGCUGGACUGCCGAUCCUUCCUGUCCUUCAACUCGUCCCACAUAUCGGGCUCCACCAACGUGCGCUUCAGCACCAUAGUGCGCAGGAGAGCCAGGGGGGGUCUGGGACUUGAGCACAUUGUCCCCAAUGGGGACGCCAGGAACCGGCUCCUGUCCGGGGAGUACCAGUGUGUUGUUCUUCUGGACGACCGCAGUUUGGACUUAAGCCAGGCGAAGAAAGACGGCACGUUGAUGCUGGCUGUCACGGCCCUACGCCGCGACCCCUGUGGAGCCAGGGUUUUAAUUCUCAAAGGCGGUUUUGAGAAAUUUUCUACAGAGUAUCCAGAGGCUUGCAACAAACCCUCCCCCCCACAAGGGCUCUGUUUGCCCCUGAGCUCCAGUCAUCCUGGGAGUGCAGACCCGAGCUGUAGUCCAUGCAAUACUCCUCUAUAUGACCAGGGUGGUCCUGUGGAGAUCUUGCCUUUCCUGUACCUUGGCAGUGCUUACCAUGCUUCAAGAAAAGACAUGCUGGACGUAUUGGGGAUCACCGCUCUGAUCAAUGUCUCCGCUAACUGCCCCAACCACUUUGUGGACUCCUUCGUCUACAAGAGCAUCCCAGUUGAGGACAACCACAAAGCAGAUAUCAGCUCAUGGUUCAACGAGGCUAUCGAGUUUAUUGACUCGGUAAGGAAUAAAGGAGGACGUGUGUUCGUGCACUGUCAAGCAGGCAUCUCCCGCUCUGCCACCAUUUGCCUUGCAUAUCUCAUGCGGACCAACCGUGUGAAGCUGGACGAGGCCUUUGAGUUUGUCAAGCAGCGCCGCAGCAUCAUCUCUCCAAACUUCAGCUUCAUGGGUCAGCUCCUCCAAUUUGAGUCGCAGGUCCUGGCCUCGUCCACCUGCUCCUCAGAGGCGGCAAGUCCAGCCAUCGGCAACAGCAGCACAGUCUUCAAUUUCCCAGUCUCCAUCCCUGUACACAAGUCAGCUGGGCAGCUCUCCUUCCUCCACAGUCCCAUCACCACCUCUCCCAGUUGCUGAGGAAGCACAGACUUGUUUUGAACUGCAUCACGCUAGUGACUCUUGAAACACACAAACAAUCAUGAUUCUAAACCAUUUUAUGGUGAUACUGGUAUCACUGAACAGAAUGGCGGAAUAGUAUUUGGGGUCGGUUCCUCUGACUGUGAUAGCCUCAUCAUUUCAAAGGACGAUACAACUACCAUCAGGCAGUAUUCAUGUUGUACCUCCUAAAUGUGAAAGACAUCCAAAGUUUAAUCUAGAUGACUUUGGAAAUGGCUGAAAAGGUGUUUGAGAUUAUUCCUGAAGAGGAAGUAAGAAGUAUCUGAAUAUUCUUUAUUCAAAAGAUCGAUUUUAUUUUUUUAUGAAGGAAACUGCUUUUGAUAAUCAAAAUGUAAGCAAACAAAAUGGAGAGGGCUACAAUUUGUCUCAGGAAAUCUCUCAAAUGUCCAUUUGACUUUCUGUACUGCUUAAAGAAAGUAAUGUAACCCAAAGCCCAACAUGGCAAUGGAAGUUACUCCUUCAUUUGACGAACAAUGAAUGUAUCCCCCCCCCCCCCUCAUGAAUCUUCAUGCUCAGUUUGAGGAAUGGUUGCCAAUCCAAAUGCAAAUACCUGCCUUUCAAGACUUCAUGAAACUUUGACGACCCUGACACAUUAGGGGAAA